AUGUCAUCAGCCUCUAAACAAAAACGUAUGGCAAAAAAAGCAGCCAAAAAUGCAACAACAUCUGUAAACAAUGCAUCAGCUUCUGAAAAUAAGAGCAAUAGUACAUCUUCGAUUAAAAAUCAAACUGAUCAAGAUACACCAGAUUCGAUUGCGGCAGCAGUAAACGGUUUGUCUUUGGAAUCAAUGAAGAAUGCAACUGAAAGAACUGCAACUGGUGUUUUGACCUCACAACCGAUGUCAAGAGAUGUAAAAAUCGAACAAUAUACAUUGUCAUUUUAUGGACGUGUAUUAAUUGAAAAUGCCACGAUCGAACUAAAUUUUGGUAGAAGAUAUGGUCUUAUUGGAUCAAAUGGAAGUGGAAAG